CCUCCCAACCCAACUCCUGACCGGUACCACGAAACAACCACAACCUCAGACUGUCAACACCAUUCGAGCUACAUAAUAUAGCUGUCACAACUGCUCCUAAAGCCCACUCACCUGUCCCCAUUCUUGAUAGCCCCUAAACAUGGAUGAGAUCGCAAAGGAGUACGAUGUCAUUGUGCUAGGCACAGGCCUGACCGAGUGCAUCCUCUCUGGCGUUCUGAGUGUAAAGGGCAAGAAGGUCCUACACAUUGACCGCAACGACCACUAUGGAGGCGAGGCGGCUUCCGUCAAUCUAGAAGCUCUUUUCAAGAAAUACGGAAACUACCAGAAGGGCGAGGAGCCAUGGAAGCAAUAUGGGCGGCUCAACGACUGGAACAUCGACCUCGUACCAAAGUUCCUCAUGUCAUCGGGCGAGCUCACCAACAUCCUCGUGUCCACCGACGUCACCAGAUACCUCGAGUUCAAGCAGGUGGCCGGCAGCUUCGUCCAGCAGGGUACUGGGACCAAGGCAACUGUUGCCAAGGUCCCAUCUGAUGCUGCCGAGGCUCUGCGGUCGCCUUUGAUGGGCAUUUUCGAGAAGCGAAGAAUGAAGGGCUUCAUUGAGUGGGUUGGCCAGUUCGACUCGAAGGAUCCCGCGACACACAAGGGCCUCGACAUGAGCAAUUGCACAAUGAAGGAGGUGUACGAUAAGUUCGGACUCGAGGUGACAACGAGGGAUUUUAUUGGACAUGCCAUGGGGCUGUAUCAGAAUGACUCGUACCUCAAUGCCCCGGGGGCUGCCCCUGAGGCGGUCAACCGGAUCCGGCUCUAUGGCAACAGCGUUGCGCGGUACGGGCAGUCGCCGUACAUCUAUCCUCUCUACGGGCUCGGGGAGCUGCCUCAGGGGUUCGCGCGGCUGAGCGCCAUCUACGGUGGUACCUACAUGCUCAACACCAACGUCGACGAGGUCCUGUAUGAGGAUGGCAAGGCGGUCGGCAUCAAGGCAACCAUGACCGGUGUCGAUCCUGAGAUGAAGUUCGAGACCAAGGCCAAGACCAUCAUCGGAGACCCUAGCUACUUCCCUUCGAAGGUCAAGGUCACCGGCCAUGUGCUGCGGGCAAUCUGCAUUCUGAAGCACCCGCUCGCAAGCACAAACGAUGCCGAUUCUUGCCAGCUCAUCAUCCCGCAGUCCCAGGUUGGACGCAAGCAUGAUAUCUAUAUUGCUUGCGUGUCCGCGUCGCACAAUGUCUGCCCUAAGGGCUACUGGAUCGCCAUCGUCUCCACCAUUGCCGAGACGUCUUCCAACCAUCAUCUCGAGCUCGCCGCUGGCCUUGAGCGCCUCGGCAAGAUUGAGGAGCAGUUCAUGGGACCACCAAUUCCCCUCUACGAACCCCUCGAGGACGGUACCAAGGACAACAUCUUCAUCUCCAAGAGCUACGACGCCAGCAGCCAUUUCGAGUCGACAACCGACGACGUCAGAGACAUCUAUCACCGCUGCGCUGGCCAGGAGCUGGUGGUUGAGGGCUUGAGAGAGGGCAUCCAGGUAGCUAGCGACGAGUAAACAGAGCAGGCAUACCGGGUCCAUAGAAUGAGCCCAGAGAAGGAUGCACGGGAUAGGCGCGGCGGAUGACUUGAAUUCAAGAAGAGAGAACAAAAAAGGCAAAUCAUUUCUUCCUGCGGCUUUUCGGAUUGGAGGAUCACGUAGCCUACCUACCUAUCUACGUCUCACACACAGGUGAAGGAAGGGGUUGUAAUCGGUCGAGAUCGUAAACGAGAAAUAGCUUAUUUUAUAGCCCUGCCGGAUCUACUUCGUGUGCUCCGCAUUUGGAGUGUUUUUCCUCGUAAAGAUCUUGUAUUGGUAUUCACUAAAAGCCGGUAUCUAUCAUGACUACAGCGAGAGCAAAAGCAAAGGCAGAAAGCAUACGGGAUUUAUUUCCAUCCGCCCACUAAGAGAAAUAAGAAAAGUCUGGGG